AUGGAUUUAGCUGUUUCAAAUGAAGAUUCUCAAAUCUUAUUAAAAGAUAAGAAUGUUCUACAAGAGACUGUUUUGGAUAAAUACAGAACAAGUGGACAGAUCACACAAACUGCUUUGAAAUUCGUCACUGACCUAAUCAAUGAUGUUUACCACUACAAAAAAGUUCAAACUCCAUUGAGUAUCUCUGAACUGUGUUUGAUGGCCGAUUCUUUUAUCGUGAACAGACUAGAACAAUACUACAAACAUAAGGUCAAUGAAAGAGGUAUUGCCUUACCAACUAUGAUCGAUGUUGAUGCAGUUGCUAGUGGUUGGUGCCCAGAAGUCGAUGAUACCGAAAACAUCAAGAAAUGGAACAACAACAGUGAUGAGACGUCUCCUUUUGCCUCAUCAAUUACCGGUUACUUGAGACACGGUGACGUUGUGAAGAUCUCCUUGGGUUGCCACAUCGAUGGUUACACAUCUCAGGUCACCCAUACUAUGGUUAUUUACCCAACUGACGAAACUAAUACCAAACCAACCGGACCAUUGCUGGGAUCUAAGGCCGAUGCUGUUGCUGCAAGCCAUAUUGCCUCUGAAUCUGUUACUGCUCUAUUAGCUUGUAGUUUAACUCCCGAAAAGCUACCACAGUCCUUGAGAAAUGCCAACACUAACUCUGUCACUGGCCACCAGAUCAGAAGUGUUGUUGACACCAUAGCAAAAGCCUAUAACUGUGCUGUGGUCCCAGGAUCAAGGGUUAGAAGGAUAAGGAGAUUUUUAGCUGGCCAAAAUGAAGGUAUUGUUGCCGAGAAGGAUUACAAGGGUGUUGUCUGGACUGAAGCUCAUCAAGAAGCUAACUUACUAGCAAACACUGAAGUUCAAGAUAUUGUUGUGGCUAAUAACCAAAAUAAAUUAGUGGCCUCAUCUGCUAUUCCAUCAGAUGAUUUCUCAGUUGAUGUUGGUGAAGUUUACUUAAUUGAUUUGAAGUUCUGCCCCCUCACUGACUGUCAAAAGAAAGGUUUAAUAACUUUAGAGACUGUCGAUUCUUACACAGGUAAAUCUCAUAAGAAAAACCAACUAAUUGCAAGGUCUGGCGCCUAUGUUAGAGACUAUGCUCAAAGUUACACUCUAAAGUUAAAGACUGCCAGACAAUUACUUACAAAAAUUGACAAAAACGGUGUAUACCCACUAAAAUUGAGUCACUUGUCAACUGAUUUUCCUCUAACUGAAUUUACCGCAGAAGAAUCAGAUGCAGUUAAAAAGGAUCUAAGAUCUUUUAGAUUGGGUAUGAACGAAAUCACAAACAACUUCCUAUGUGUUGAAACACCAAUUCAAGUGGCAAAGUGGGUGCCAUGGGAUCACAUUUUAAACAGUACAAACAAGAAUGGUGCUUUAAGUUAUGAUGCCUCCGCAGCAUUGACACUACCAGGCCAUGAGAUACCGUUACCCAAGCUUGGUAUUUCUGGUAUAAAACUAAAAUCCUUAAUGAAUUCAACCAAUGAAGUCAUGACACUACCUGUUGCACGUGAAUGUAGCACAGUUAUAUUGUGUGGUAGCGAUGUUAGUGUCAGCGGUAAACCAGAGCUGUUCAGACUAACUGGUGGUUCCAAAACAGCUCAACCAAGUUGGGUACACUCUGCCCGUGAAUUAAACCCUGCUGACCCAGUCGUUCAAGGUAUAUUCAACCUAGCAGAACUAUCAAAGGACAAGAGAUUUGGUUUGACUAUGAGAGAAACUCAACCAAUGAAGAAGAAUAUCAACCUAGCUUCAGACACUACUAUGGAAAUGUAA